GUCACGAUCACGUGAUUGCGUGUACAGAAACAAACAUGGCGCCGCGAAAGUGAGGAGAGGUGAACCAUUUUGGUUAAAUUACUUCGGGUCCACUCACGUCGUGCCGCCGGACAGAUGAGAGGACGAAGAGGACCGUCGUCAUCAUCAGGUGAAGCAGCUCAUUCUGCAGGUGUUCGUCAGCUGAGCAGGAUGUCUCUGAGGAAGCAGAUAAUCAAAGACGUCCACUCUGAGAGCCAGCAGACGGACGAAAACACGCAGGAGGACGAAGCUGCCGCCGACGGAGACGACAAGGACGAGCUCUCAGCGUCACUUCUGCCAGCGUCUUCAGCUCGAGAGCAGCGUUGGAAAGGAAGAGAGGACAAAUCCAAACCCAACGAGAUGACGGAGGAGGAGAUGAUGGACUUGGCGUUGCGUCUGAGCGAACAGGAGGCCAGCGUCACGGCGCUGCGACGGCGGCAGGAGGAAGAGGAAGUGAUGAAAGCCAUCGAGCAGAGCAUGGUCGACCGGUCUCAGCCAGGCCCGGCUUCCCAAAGUCAAACUCUGCUCGCCGACGCUUCGCUCAGGUGCUGCCCCCGACGGAAACUUUCCUUCUCCAAUGGGAAGAAGUCGGCCGCCGUCGAUCCGCAGACGAACCUGAACUCUGGAGCAGGAGGAGCUGGAAAGGAAAAGAAUCACUGGAAUAACAAGCGGACGAGGAAAGCCGACAGUCCUCUGCUGGAGAUGCCUGACUUGUCUCAGAACAUCUGCUCCCAGGCUUCACCCAGCAGCUCCGAGUGUCUGUCAGCUCAUCCAGACUCCCCACAGAGCUCCGACUCGACGCAGAUCGACGAGCUCCAGCUCUGUAAAUCUCCCGUCUUCCCGUCGACCGGUGGCAGAGCUGAAGUUCACAUCAGCCGGCUGCCCCAGGACCAGCUGGACUCCUGCAGGAACUCCGGCUUCGUGUUGUGCUCCCAGGACAGCUGGGCCUCCACUCAGAUUCCUGCUCAGCCCAAGAGCCCGACGUUCCCCGAGAGCGACCCCACGCCACCGCGCCCCGUCUCCUCCGAGGCCGAUCCGAGCCCCGUCUUUGGCCGGAAUGCUCAGCGAGAGACAUCUCCAAGUGCCUGCAAACCCCACGCCUCCGUCUGUAGCCCCACAUGUGAAAACUCAGGGUUCACGCUCUCUUCUCAGGACAGUUUAAGCGCCACCGCAAGGCCCAAGAGCCCGGUGUUCCUCUCAGAACGGCUCCACAACAAACCCGACCGAGGACCAACCGAGCUGAGCCAAGGUCGAUCUGGAAGUCCGACGUUCGACGGGACGGAAAGACGUCAGGAGAGCCGCAGCGACGUUCAGGAAAAGUCUGAGAUUCUUUCAGUCAGCAGGGAGGUUGGAAACGUCGCCUCCCAGUCGUCCCACUCAGACGAGCCGAACACGAAAGCCAAAGACUGGAAGUGUUCAGAGACGGAGCUGACCAGCGACAUGACGCUGGUUCUGUCCGACGAAGACGAAGACGUCACGCAGGUAGGGGGCUCUCCCAGCCCGGUCUUCCCAGGGGAGACGCCUCCUCAUCGGGCAGAGAGCCAGACAACCUCCCUGAACCACCUGGAGGAAGAUUCUCCAGAGACCAGCUGCAGCCUGACUCCUCAGAGAUGUGAUCAGAGCAGCUCCAAUAGAACACCCAGAGCUGCUUCUUCUCCUUCUUCUGGUUCCAGCCUGGGGGCGAUCAGCAGGACGGCGCCUCCGUCUGGUCAGCCUGCAGACGGGCCGACGGUCCACUACUACUGGGGGGUUCCCUUCUGUCCCCGAGGCCUGGACCCCGACAGAUACACCAAGGUGAUCCUGGCUCAGAUGGAAGUUUAUGAAAAGAGUCUGAAACAGGCUCAGAGGUGUUUGAUGAGGAAGGCAGAGUGGGGGGAAGCCAUCCUGCCACAGCCAGAGAAAUCUCCGUCACCAGAGUUGCUCGCUGAAUCGCCACAACAUCCCGCUCCUCAAAGACGAGGCCUCAGACUGAGAGCUCAAAAACUGAGCGAAGCAGCCGAGAGUCUUCCACCCGAGGCAGAGGAGGAGGAGGAAGAGGAGCGAGGAGAGAAGGAAAAGACAGAAGAAGAAGAAGAAGAAGAAAAGAAGGACGGCGAUGAAGAACCGGUGGACGUCGAUGACUGCGAGGUUUGUCCAGAGACACCACUGAGCGACGUCACGCAAGAUCUGAUGAAAGACGACGGAGCUGAGGUUUCUCCACAGCCGCCUCCUGAAAGCACCGACUCUCCUGAAGUCGAGAUGAUCGUCCAAGAAGAUUCUCGUACCGGCGACGAGCCGCCGCCACAGGACGAAGAGAUGGAAGUGGACGCCCCAACGGACGAGAAGACAGAACCUAUCGACAGCAUCGACUCUGGUGGACAGACUGCGAGACAAGAGGAGGUGAAGGAGGACCGGAUGGAUCCAGAUGUGGAGGAGGUGGCAGGACGUCGGCUUCAGAGGUCGGAGUCUCCUGAGCUGGAACUGGCCAUCGUCCCUCAUAACUCCGAGGCCGCCGUCGACUGUCCGAUCUGCCAGACUUCCUUCCCCUCCAGCCAGAUCGAGAUGCAUGCAGCGUACUGCGACGGAGAGGCCGCAGACAGGAGGAGCUCUGGAGGUUCCCACGCGUCUCUGAAGCCUCGAAGGAAAAGAACCAGAAGAGCAGAGGCGACUCCCGACGAGACAAAUGAACCUUCCAACUCCGGACGGAACCAGGAGAAGUGUUACAUCUGUCAGAAAAACAUUCCUCUGAGAGACUACAGCCUGCACACCGAGCUCUGCUUCCACCGUCGACCAUCGAAGACUAGGGGAAACUUGCUGUCGGCUCUGGAGCAGACAGAGAGCAGAGAUUCAGAUGCCGGGCCGUCUGGAUCCAAACCUGCUGCAGGAGAAGUCAUCGAUCUGCGGGACGACGAUGACGAGGAGCAAGAGGUGGUUUCAGCGUUGAGGAUCAGCGACUCUCCCAUCAGAUCCUUCACCCCCAUCUCUGAGGCCACCGACUGCCUCAUCGACUUCAAAAAGCAGCGCCGGACCGCAAAGCCGAGCCAGAGACGGCGAUGAAACCCCUGGAAAGCGGAGCCUUAAGUGAAAGUCCAAAGAGGUGGGAUGUUCAGAGGAGACGUCCAUGGACUGAAGCCACAUUCUGGAUAUUUAUACGAACAGAAAACGCACUUGAAACCCGACGGCGACUCUUUUGGUGCCACUUUAUGUUGACGAUGUUUCCGACUACCUCUUUGUGUAUCGAAACGUUUCCUUUACUGUAGCUUUGCUUUCAAACUGAAAUUAAAGGACUUUUGUUUUUGUCUGUCGCAGCAGAAAA